AUGUUCGUCUUUUCCAAGGCUCCCUCAGCAAAUUCCACAUACGAGCGUGUCACACAACGAUUUCAAGAUGGAUCCAAUAAAUUGAGAGCGGCCAUCGAAAUGGAUGAGCUUACAAAGACAAACGGCACAACAGACGAAAAGCUGCAGACAGCCGAAUUAUACAAACAGGCGAGACAAAUGCUGAAAGAGGCGAAUGAAUUCAAUAUUAUGGAUAUUCCCGAGUCGAAACGAGCAGAAGUUCGAGAGAAACGAGAGAAAAUGCUGAAUUUGGAGAAGAGCGCGCAGGAGAGACUCAUUAAAAUUUGCAACGAAGUUGAUCCGAAUAUGAAACGAGCACAGACGGCGGGGCCGUGUCGAGCCGCCAGAGUCACACCGAGACCCACAAGAGCGACGGCACCGGGUGAGAAAAAGACACCAAAACCACCAUCAAACGACGAAAACCGACACCAUUGCUCGCGCGGAGAUCGUUGCGGAGCGCAUCACCCGCCGACGGCGAAGACCGCACCGCCCGUAAAGAAGACGUUAGCCACGGCGAGAACAGUGAAUACUCGAGGAAUAAGAGAGAAUCUGAAAGUGGCGUCCAAGACACCACUAGCCAUUGCACAACAAGAAGCCGUCAAUCGAGCCGCCCUACUGAAAGGAGUCGAUAAAGUGAUUGGGGAGAGGUUGCUCGAUGAGAUUCUCGACAACACAGGUGUCCGAAUGGACGACGUCGCCGGCUGUCACUCAGCGAAGGCGGCUCUCGAGGAAGCGGUGAUUCUCCCCGCUCUCAACCCGAAUCUCUUCUCAGGACUCCGUCAACCAGUCAAAGGAAUUCUUCUAUUCGGACCGCCUGGAAACGGAAAAACUCUUCUGGCGAAGGCGGUCGCUGGAGAGUCGAAACAGAUGUUCUUCAAUAUAAGUGCCUCAUCGCUCACGUCGAAAUGGGUUGGAGACUCGGAGAAGACGAUUCGAGGACUGUUUCAGAUUGCGAGGAAUGGACAAUCAUCGAUUAUUUUUAUUGACGAAAUCGACUCGAUUCUCUGCGAGCGUUCGGAAAAAGACGCCGAAGUGUCACGUCGUAUGAAAACCGAGUUUCUCAUCCAAUUCGAUGGUGCCACCUCAUCUCCGGACGAUCGAAUUCUCGUAAUCGGCGCCACAAACCGCCCGUAUGAAUUGGAUGACGCCGUUUUGAGACGAUUCCCGAAGAGAAUUAUGCUGAAUUUGCCGGAUAACGAGGCGAGAAGAGAGCUGAUUACGAAGACGUUGAAGAGGCAUAAUAUGAUGGAGGGAUUGACGUCGAGUGAUAUACGAUACGUGGCAUCGAACACCAGCGGAUUCUCCAACUCGGAUCUGGUAGCGUUGUGCAAAGAGGCGGCGAUGGCGCCGAUUCGAGAGAUAGAUCGAUCAAAGUUGUCGAUGACGGAUGGUGAUAAAUUGAGAAGAAUUCGACGUUCUAGGCAUAAUAGAUUUUUGGAAAUCGGACAAGACUUGAAUCCUGGAGACGUCAGAAUUCUGAAUCUACCUGAAAUUUUUGAAUUGGAGAAAAAUGAGCCGAGAUACAAGGCCUCCGACUUCGACCAAGCCCUCCGCACGAUCCGACCGUCCACUUCCGACAAAAUCAUGUCAAAACUAUCGGAUUUUUCACGAAAUUUCGGUUGUUAA